AUGACCGAAACUCUUCAGUUGAGAGGGACACUUAGAGGGCACAAUGGUUGGGUCACUCAAAUUGCGACGAAUCCGAAAUAUCCCGACAUGAUAUUGUCUUCUUCACGUGAUAAAACUUUAAUCGUGUGGAAGUUGACACGUGACGAAGCCAAUUAUGGUAUUCCGCAGAAACGCCUGUACGGUCACUCUCAUUUUAUUAGCGACGUAGUGCUCUCGUCAGAUGGUAAUUAUGCACUGUCUGGUUCAUGGGACAAAACUCUUCGGCUUUGGGACUUGGCCGCAGGUCGUACUACGCGACGAUUUGAAGAUCAUACCAAGGAUGUUUUAAGCGUCGCCUUUUCUGUGGACAAUCGUCAGAUUGUUUCUGGUUCUCGAGAUAAGACGAUUAAAUUGUGGAAUACGUUGGCCGAGUGCAAGUAUACCAUUCAAGACGAUGGGCACACAGACUGGGUCAGCUGUGUACGUUUUUCUCCAAAUCAUUCCAAUCCCAUUAUUGUUUCUGCUGGUUGGGACAAAUUAGUCAAGGUAUGGAAUCUGACAAACUGCAGAUUGAAAAUCAAUCACAGUGGACACACUGGGUAUCUCAAUACAGUUACUGUCUCUCCUGAUGGAUCGCUUUGUGCUUCUGGUGGUAAAGAUUGCAAGGCUAUGUUGUGGGAUUUAAACGAUGGAAAACAUCUCCACACAUUAGACCAUAACGACAUUAUUACAGCGUUAUGCUUCAGUCCUAAUCGUUACUGGCUUUGUGCUGCAUUUGGACCCUGGAUCAAGAUAUGGGAUCUUGAAACCAAAGAAAUGGUUGAAGAAUUGAAACCAGAGGUAGUGUCUGCGACAAGUAAAGCAGAACCACCUCAUUGUCUAUCUCUGGCGUGGUCUACCGAUGGGCAAACGCUUUUUGCCGGUUAUUCGGACAACACUAUCCGUGUCUGGCAAGUUUCUGUAUCUAGCCGUUAA